AGCGACAUGGAACCCAGAAACCAAAUAGGAGUUUCAGAAUUCUUUCUCCGGGGACUGACAGAGGAUCCAGAACUGCAGCGCCUCCUCUUCAGCCUGUUCCUGUCCAUAUAUCUGGUCACCAUCCUGGGAAACCUGCUCAUCAUCCUGGCCGUCAUCUCUGACACCCAUGUCCACCCCCCCAUGUACUUCUUCCUCUCCAACUUGUCUUUGGCUGACAUCUGCUUAAGCACAACCACAAUCCCAAAGAUGCUGGUGAACAUCCAGACACAGAAUCAGAGCAUCACUUAUACAGGCUGCCUCACCCAGGUCUGCUUUGUCCUGGUUUUUGCAGUUUUGGAAAAUUUUCUCCUUGCAGCCAUGGCCUAUGACCGCUAUGUGGCCAUUUGUCACCCCUUUAGGUACAUGAACAUCAUGAAUCCCCGCCUCUGUGGUCUGCUGAUCCUGGUGUCUCUGUUCCUUAGCGUUGUGAACGCCCUGCUCCACACUUUGAUGGCACUGCGGCUGGCUUUCUGCACACACCUGGAAAUCCCCCACUUUUUCUGUGAACUCGCUCAGGUGUUCAAGCUGGCGUGUUCUGAUACCCUCAUCAAU